AUAAUAAUAAUAAUAAUAAUAAUAAUUGGUUUCAAAAUAUUAUAGAUUUUGAUUUCAAUAAAAGCUCAAAUAAAUUCUUACUAAUUUCCUCUAACAAAAUGUUUAUAUUUAAUUUAUUAAAAUGGAACGCAUUAUUACAACAAAGUGAAAUUAACUUGCUAAGACCAAUCUUAUACUCUAAUGAAAGUUUAUUAAUAUAUAAAGGUUACGAAAAGAAGAUAAAUUCAUUGGCCUGUCACUAUAACACCAAUAAUUACCAAUCAGAUCAAGAUUCCAUGCUCGAUUUAUCAGGUGAAAAUAACGAUUACAGUGACGAUGAAAUUCUUUUAAAUAAACAAACUUUAAUAAAUAACGAGUUGAAAGAUUCAAAUUUGAAAAAUUAUUGGCAAAAUCUAAUAAUUCCAAAUGACUUAUUUAAAAGAUUGAAUUUUGAUCUUAUUAAUGUCACAUCGUCAUUUGAUGGGAAAAAUAUUGUUUUAACUAACGGAAGACUAAUUUUAAUAUAUUCAUUUUUUUAUGAUCAAUGGUGUCUUUAUAUGGAUGAAUAUAAUGACACUCAGUUCAAUAUCACUGGGGGUAUGAUUUGGUGGGAAAAUAGUUAUCUAUUUGUGGGCAAUAAUUCACAAUUUUUUAAUACUAAUGAUAAAAAUUUUAAAUCACAGUUAUUAAUGUUUAAUAUUAGCAAAGUGUAUCAAACAAUUGAAAAUAAUAAAUUUGAUAACUCCAAUAUUGAUAAAAAUGAUUAUAAUUAUGAUACGGAUAAUUUUAAUGUGAAUUCUAUAAUUUGGAAAUACGAUUUUAAUGAUAAAAUUUCGUAUAUUAACAUUGAUAGACAAUCUAAUGAACUAUUUAUUGUAUUAAGAAAUUUUUCAGUUUUCAUAUUCAAGUUAAAACAAAAAACGCUAUAUAGUAAAAUUACAGAGAAGAGCAAUUUUGAUAAACUGAAAUCACUUUACAAAAAACAAGUAUUGAUAAAUUUAAGACACAGAUUUUCAUUAAAAUAUUUGUUUAAUAAAAACGAGAAAUUUGAAAAUGUGAUAAAAGUCAAUGAGGAAAUUAAUGAUUUACUAAUAUUAUGUAAUAAUGGAAAUUUGUACUACUUGAAAUAUAGUAAAUUUAAUGAUAAAGAUAUCAGUAAAGUUAAUAAUGAAAAUGAGGCUGAAGUUGGAGUUGGAUCUAUAUACGAAAAAUUCUUAUUGUUUAAUAACAUUGAAUAUUUUAAGAAAGUUAAGAAUGGAGUUUUUUAUAUUUAUAAUGGAGAUGAAAUAUUGUAUUUAGAUAAUUUUGAGAUUUUUAAUAAAAAUGAAAACGAAAAUAAGCAUGAAAAUAAAGGAAAUUAUAAGAACUCAUUAAGUAUCUUAGAAAAGAUAAAUUCGUUAUUUUACUUGAAAAUCUCCAAUGAUACAGAACAAUUUUAUCCAAUUCUAAUGAGCAUUGAUAGUAAGAAUUUUUCAUUGGUUGGAAUUGAAAUUGAUAUAUUUGAUAUCAAGAAUGACUAUAAAAUAUUGAAACAAUUAACGAAAAGAAAAUUUUUUUUAAGUGACUUGAUUGAUUUUGAAAUUGACAAGCUAAUUAAGUUUCAAGAAAUUGACGAUAAGAAUAUGGAUUUGAGUAGAAUUGAUGAGGAAAUUGAAAAGUAUGAAGAUGAUUUAGACGACAUUAUUGACAGAUAUAAAAACUUGAAAAAUGUGGAGUAUAGUUUGGAGAUUAUAUUAUAUAAAAUGAUAACUAAAUUUGAAGAAAAAGAUUAUGAUAAUUGGCUAAAGUUGAAGUUGAUUCUUACAAUGAUAUCUGAUUCAAAAAAUUUAAUAAAUGAAAUAUCCAAUCCAUACAAUAUUAUAGCCAAGUGCUUAAGAAAAGUGGAAACAGUUUAUUGGAAGCCGGUAUUUAAAACAAUGAAAAAGACACCAAAGGACUUGUUUGAUGAAUGUAUUUUAAUGAAAGAUUAUAAAACAGCAGGGUAUUUCUUGAUGAUUUUUUUGAAUUUUAAAACGGGAAUCAAUGGCAAUGAAAAUAGUAACGUCGAUAAACUACAGAAGGAAGAUGAAGAUGAAAUCUUGAAAUUAUUGGAAAUUAUAGUUAACAAUCUCAACAGCAAUGACGGAAAUGGCAAAGAUAGCGAAUUAUGGGAGAUGGGAAUAGAAAUCAUCAGAUUUCUAAAAGUAUUGGACAGUUCUGGAGAGAUACUCGAGAAAAGCAUUGCGCGACUAGAAUCGUAAAUCGAUGAGCUACCAGACGAUAGUUGAUCGGGAAGAUCAGCAUUAACUUUUAUUGACUUUCGUUGACUUUCGUUGACUUUUUCAUUGAUUUCUCAGCAGUUGCCAACGCGAUGAAUUGGUCCACAGCGUUGGAGCCAGAUUGUUCUGCAUCUAUCUGCACGCAUCUGAAUCUCUGGGCAGUGACCGUUUUUCUGCAUACCAGUUACGCUUUAAUUAGCGUAAAUCUGCAUAGUAACACAUAUUAUUGCUUUUGGGCGUUGAUUUCGCUUUGAAAUUUCAGAUUGGAUUUGUUGUGCCGACGCUCGCGUUAUCAAUCGAGACCUUACCGCUAGAGCUCCCAUUUAGACGGAUAUACACAUGGUGUUAUACAGUUGCAAGUGCAUAGUGGUCACGUUUUAUUAUUUUUUUGUUUUGAAG